AGUAUAUUUGAGCCAGACUGCGCUUGCUACUUACUCAUCACCACAACGCAAACAUACUAGAAGAACAAGAUCCCCCAAACAAACCGCCCAUGUCCUGAUGCGAUCACUUUCUCUCAAACCAAUCGACCAAUCCAGCCCAAAGGUAUAACAGCGUGAUGAACAAUGUCAGAAUACAAGAUGUCCUAUGAGGCGGAGCUGGACUCCUACCAACUCUACCACCGCUACGAACAGCCUCGCCGACCCCAAGGCCAGGAUCCAGACUGGAAACAGGCGGCGCUGCGGGGCCCCGCUCUGCCGGCGCUGGGCAACGCCCUGGCCGGCGCCAUUGGCGCGGCCCUGAGCAAUGUGGCGACGUAUCCGCUGAGUCUGAUCGUCGCGCGGUUGCAGACGCAGCAGAUGAAACGCCCAAACCAGCCAGAACAAGAAGAUGGGAAGGCGAAGCUAAAAGACCAAAAUGCUGGAGACGAUGAUGAUGGCUACGCCGGUGUCCUCGACGCAGCCCGCAAGAUCUACGCGCAGGAAGGGGGACUGGGGAGCUUCUAUACGGGUCUCGCGCAGGAUACCGCCAAGUCGGUGUUCGACUCGUUUUUGUUCUUCCUGGCGUAUGAGUUUUUGCGGCAGCGGAGGAUACGGGCUCGAUUUGGUGGUAGUGGUGGCGCGCGGAGGAAGAAUACCGUGUUGCCGGUGUUGGAUGAGUUGGUGAUCGGGGUGGUGGCGGGGGCGUUUGCGAAGCUGUUCACGACGCCGUUGGCGAAUAUUGUGGCGAGGAAGCAGACUGCUGGCAAGAGAGGGUCGGUGGGAAGCAGUUCGAGGGAGAUUGCGGCGCGGAUUCGCGCCGAGAAGGGGCUGCGUGGGUUCUGGUCCGGGUAUUCGGCCUCGCUGAUCUUGACGCUCAAUCCGUCGUUGACUUUCUUCUUGAAUGAGGUGCUGAAGUAUGCGCUGCUGUCGCGGCGGCGGCGGCGGGAUCCGAUGCAAAGAUCAAGGUCCCUCUCGCCGGCGGUCACGUUCCUGCUGGCGGCGCUGAGCAAGUCGGCGGCCUCGGCGGUGACGUAUCCGUUCUCCAAGGCUAAGACCCGUGCGCAGGUCAUGGGCGAUGACUCUUCGUUGUCGUCAUCUGCGCGAAAAGCUUCAGAUGGGGAGCAGGCGAAGGAGAACAGCAACGCGGAGACGGACGAGGGGAUCUCGUUCACGCCGGCCAUCGUCAGCAAUGUCAUCAACAUUGCUCGCACGGAAGGCGUCGCGGGCCUGUACGCGGGUCUGCCGGCGGAGGUCCUCAAGGGCUUCUUCUCGCAUGGUUUCACCAUGCUGGCCAAGGACGCGGUGUACUCGGCCAUCGUGCAGAGCUAUUACCUGCUGCUGAUCGCGCUGCGCAAGUACCCGAGCCCCGAGGAGCUGAUCCAACGCGCCCGCGAACAGGCCGAGGAGUAUGCGGACGUCGCGCGGGAGGGGGCUCGUGACUUGGCCGAGAAGACCAAGCAGGGCGCGGAGGAGGUGAUGCACUCCCUGACCGCACAGGGGGAGCCCGAGGAGGCCAAUCUGCUGGGGAAUAACGAGACGGCGGAGAUGGUGGGCGACUAUGUCGAGGACGAUGGCACCCACAAGGAUCUGUAUCAUUGGUUCUGGGAGAAGGAUCGGGAGGGAAAUUACUGAUGUUGGGGUUGGGUUUGGGGUUGGGUGGAUUUCGAAGAGAUUGAGCGUUCAUCUACAUCUGUACUAAUUUUUCUGGGAGUGUAGUUUCAAGAUCAUUGACUUUGC